AGUUGUCUACAAAGUAUCUCUAAAGCAAGCUGUCCGACUCCGCUGUCAGGUGUGACUCCCAGAACUGAAACCCCGGACGUAAAAGAGGUCGAGGCCUUCUGGGAUCCAAGUUUACAGAACCGAAAAGAGUUUUUCCUGGUCCCCGACGCGAUCAUGGUGGCUUCCUGGCGAAACUUUAGAGUCGUAGAGAAUGUGCGACUCAGCGUACAGGAGACAACGUCCGUCGCCGAGACGAGCCAUCGUACCUCGGAUGAUGCGGAAAAAGAAUGGCACAAUGGACCGGAUAAAAACUCCGGUUUGAAGGAUGAAGAAGACCAGGAUUCGUGGAAUGAGGACCUAACUGAGAAAGUGGAGGAGCGGAACGCGCAGGAAUAUCUGCUGUCUGAGAUGAAGAAGACAGCCCAGAACAUCCGUGACAAAGUUGAGGAGGUUUGGGAGGUUCUCAAGAAGAUCCCACAAUGUGUUUAUGGCAUCUUACUGGUUCUUCUCAGAGUCCUGUUACUUGCUGGCCAGUUCCUUGCGUAUGUGCUCGUUCUGACCUUUGGGAAACUUAAGAUGCCACAUUAUUUCUUAAAACGGAUCAAACUUGGAAUCCUAUUUGCCGCAUACGUUUUCUUGAAUUUCCCCUGUGUGCUCAGCCAUUGUGAGGGAUGGUUCCUCGCGUCGGAUCUUCUAAAUCAAACCCUGAUCAUUCGGAACGACCACGACGUUUACUGUUCAUUCAAAAGCACGGACGACACCCCAAAAACCUACCGUUGUGGAGACAACAUAACGGCCCAUAUACUGAACAACACCUGCAUGAAAAUCAAAAUGGAGGAAUGGCCAGAAGAAGACUGCCUUCUGGAAUACGGCAGAAGGGGCCGCGGUGAAAGCUCGAAGUUGGAGAAGCAUUUUUGUUCAGAUACAUCAGUUACCAAACCAACCGAUCAUCUAAUCGGCAGAACACAUACACCGGCAGUGAUCUCUUCGGUGCUACUACUUUUAGCCCUACUAUUUGUAGGGCUGAUGAUCUAUCUGUUGAGGAAAAAGAUUAAAACCUCCCAUGGUCAAGAAACGUUGGAAGAACAUUUGGGUGAAGAGGAAGAGGAAGGCAAACCGAAGACUGAAAAAGUUUGGGAAAAAGGCAGAGCGUUCCUCAGCCUAAAAAAUGCUGUGAAAUUAUUCCUCCUCAAUUACAAAGAAGACCCCCGUUAAAAUGAGCAGCGUAGAACGUCUACUGGGGAGAUGAUUUGGCUAAAAGCCCGGAAAACGAAUCACAUCGCGGACCUUCCGGUUUUGCCGAAAAAAUUAAGAACAAAAAAAUCCUUUAGAAAAAUCAUUUCUCCAAAAGCCCAAACAACGUCCCAGUUCCAAUGAUCAGUAUGGGAAGCUACACGGCAGAGAAUAGGAUUCUUGGGAAAUUAAGUCUUUGAACUUUCAAUCU